AUGCAAAUUACCGAAACACCAAUUUGCAACAUCGCCAAAAAUAGCGCAAUGGCCAAGAUCCUACAGGUAUGCAAAUUGAUUGUUUGGGAUGAAUGCACAAUGGCCCAUAAAAGGUCACUGGAGGCACUGGACAGAACGUUGAAAGAUCUUCAUGACAACCAAACUACUUUUGGUGGGGCCAUGAUUCGUCAGACUCUUCCAGUUAUUCCCCGAUCAACUGUUGCUGAUGAACUAAAUGCAUGCCUAAAAUCAUCGAAUUUGUGGCAGUAUGUGAAGACACUACAAUUAACAACUACCAUGCGAGUAUUUUUGCAACAAGAUGAAACUGCGAAUGUGUUUGCGAAGCAGUUGUUAGACAUUGGAAAUAAUAAAGUUGCAGUGGACACCUCGACCGGAUUCAUCACGUUACCCACAGAUUUCUGUCACAUCACAGAUUCAAAAGAGGAGCUUAUUCAGCAUGUUUUCCCAGAUAUAGCGCAAAAGUUCAAUAACGAUAAUUGGCUGGGUGAACGAGCAAUAUUGGCGGCUAAAAAUAAAGAUGUCGAGGAUCUCAAUGCGACCAUUCAGAAUUUUCUUCCAGGACAGUUGGUUUCCUUCAAAUCAGUCGACACCGUUAUGAACCAGGAUGACGUAAUCAACUAUCUCACGGAGUUUUUAAAUUCACACAAUUAA